AACUAGGGGUGGGGCUGAUCAUGAAAACACUUAACGGAUAUUUACCUUCAGCAAUGAAAACUGCAAGGAAAAAUUAGCUUACGUCGGCGGGCAAGAGGAGGCCACGUGCAAGGUAUGCCAAGAUGUCCACCAUUAGGUUCGGAACCAGCUGCGGCCCAUCUACAGUGAACGGUGCAAGGGAAACUUUUCGCGGACAUGACGAUGAAACUGUUGAAGAAAUCGACGAUUGUGACCCCAACAAGAUCUUGCAGUGCCCAUACGACAAGAACCACCACAUUAGGGCUAAACGCUUUCCUUUUCAUCUUAUUAAGUGCGCCAAGAACCACCCUAAACUAGCCAGUGAAAUGAAGACGUGUCCGUUCAAUGCGAAACAUUUGAUGCCACAGCAUGAGUUAGCCCACCACAUUGCUAACUGUGUUGACAGACGACCUGACAACCCUAAAAACGUGGAUACAAAUUCUGAAAUGCUGCGCAAAUUUCAUGUUCCUGUGAACACAGCGACAAACCCGAUAAGUGAGGAGGACUGGGACCAAGAGGCAGAUGACUCUGCUAUUACUUUUGUUUGGGGAGUGUCGACUAAUAAACUCGAUCAGGACAGGCCUGGACCUACCACCACAAAUCAUUUAAAGCCUGGAGUCCGAGCUCCAAAAACACUUCCAUGGAAACUUUGAAACCAGGAGCUGCUUCCAGUAUGUGACAACAUUGAUGUCCUUGUCUGCAGUCCUUUUGGUGUUGAGAUCAGUUGAUUGUUUUUAAUAUGUUUUAAUUUGUUUGCUACAGGAUCCCAAUCAUUUUAGAGUGUGUGGUCUUCUUUAAAUAUUCCUUUUGUGUAGUUUGACACAUUUACUGUAUUUCAUUUUUUGA